AUGCAAUACUAGCAAUAACGUAUUUUAACUGCUUCAGAAUACAAAUAUGCUACAUAAACUAAAAGUGUAAGAUCUAAUACUCCUCAUACUCGUGAUAGUAGAUAUGAAUUAUCAUCAGAUUCUUUAAGAUCUACUUAUGAAAAUCGAUCAUCUAAACUCACUCCAGAAAUUUGUUAAUUCUUAAUGGCUUGUGAAAUUGAAAGAUUGCUUGCUGAAAAUGAUAAAUUAAAAUUCAGAAUCAAAGAAAUGUCAGAUAAUACUUAAGAUAAACAUCAUCUAGAAUAAUAAAUCAUUGAUUUAACUAAUCGACUCAAUGAUAUUGCUAAUAUUGUUGAAAUCUAUAAACAUGAAAAAUCUGAAUUGAUCAUACAAACUACAACCUUAUAAUAAGAAAUCUAAUACUAAAAAUAAUAACAAACUAAUUUUUAUGAAACAAGAAUUUCUAAUCUCUUAAAUGAAGUUGAUAAACUUACUGCUUAAUUAAGAGAUUUUGAAACUCUUAAGGCUGAUGAUAUGUAAAUCUUAAGAAAUCAAUUAGAAUUUACCAUGAAAACAGAAAUUGUAAAUUUAUAUCAAUAAUUUAUUAGGAAAAAACACUUUAAAAAUAAGAACUUAAUUCAUAAUUUCAAAGAGAAUUUCUAGAAGGAGAAUUAAAAAAAUGGAAAGAAUUAUGUAAUCAAAAAUAAAAGGAAAAUGAUGAUCUUAAAAAUAUUAUUUAAUAAAAAGAAUUAAAUAAAAAAAGAGAAUUAGAAAAUUAAUUAUUGUCAUAUAAAAAUGAAACUGAUAGAGUCAAUAAAUUAUUAACUACUAAAUUAGAAGAAAUUGAAAAUUGGAAAUAAAAAUAUCUAAAACUUUAACUCAUUAAUGAUGAUUAAAAAAAAAUUUAAAUUGACAAUCAAUAAUUACUUGAUAAUUUUACUCUUUAGGAAAACAAAAUUAAUCUCCUUACUAGUUAAUUAAAUUAAUCCAGAUUAUAAAUUGAUAAUGCAAAUGCUCGUAAUCAGUUGCCUUUUAUUCUUAGUCACUUUGUCUGAAAAAAAUAAAGCAAAUUAAAUUAUUGCCUAAUUAACAGAUAUUGAGAAGAAGAAAAAUGAAUUUGAAAAUAGAUACAAAAACCUCCUGCUUGAAAUUGAUAAAAUAAAUGAAAUUAAUAAAUCUAAAGAAUAACUUGUGAUCACCCAAAACAUUAAGUAAGAGUAUCAAAUAUAUAUUUUAGGAUUGAAGAAUUUCAAAAUACACUAAUUUAAUAUCGUUCUAUUAAUGAAGAAAAGACACAGGAAAUUGAAAAUCUCCGUAGAUUGAUUAUUAAGUUGUAAUAAUAAAUAGGUUAGUUUGAAGAAUAAAUUAAUUAAUUGAGAAAAUUUUAAGAAAAUGUAUAGAAUUACUAUUAAAUUAGUGUCGCGUAUUGUCAAUUGAAAUCGAUAGAUUAAAUGAAGAAAACAAACAAUAAGAUACUGAAUUAAAAUAAUGGAGAAUGUAAUAUGCUGAUUAGGGAUUCUUUAUAAAAAAACUUUAAGAUUAGCUUUGUAUUAUCAUAGUAUUAGUAAGUGAAAUCGAGAGUCUAAGAUCAAGGUUGUUAGAAAAAGAACACGAAAUAGAAGAAACUAGAAGAUCUAGUCUAGCACCUUAUAAAAUUUGA